UAUAUGUGUGAGCUUGGCUGAGAGGGAAUUGCGUAAACGUGCGUGCUCGUACCGAAUUUAUUUCUUGCUUUUAGUGUGUACGUUUGGACGGUAGCCCAUGUAAAUUUCCUUUUUCUCUUGAUUCGUCAUCGUGGCGGUGAACUUUGCGCGAAAAUACGGUACGAAAUAAAUAAUAAUAAUAAUAGUAACGGAUGAAGAUCAAAUAAGAGACAUAAAAAAAAAUAGGUUUUUGGUAUGCCGAAUGGGGAUAGAAAGCGAAUGUUUAUUUUGAACGCGCCGAAACCAAAUAUUUUUAGAAGCGCAUUCGCGCGAGUCGUGGGCGCUCAUCACAGAGAACCAACUCUACGCGGGCUAGUUAAGUUGUUAGUAGAACGAUAGGAGUCGCGCGAUCGAUGAUCGAUAAUUCCCCAUCAAUAAAAAUAAAAGCCGAUUUCGUACCUGUAUUUUAUAUUUGUGUCGGGUGAUGGGCCGCGUCUGAUUUGAACCAGAAUGGAUUUCGUGAUCGGAGGUGUCUCCGCGGCCGGAGCGAGCAUUUUCAGCAAUCCGCUGGACGUGCUGAAAACUCGGAUGCAGCUGCAAGGAGAACUGAAGGCUAAAGGACACCACGCUGUUCACUAUAGGAACGUUUUUCAUGCAGCCGUUGUCGUUGUGCAGAACGAUGGAUUACUCGGUCUGCAGAAGGGUUUGACUCCGGCUCUGUUCAUGCAUUUCAUCAGGAACAGCGUACGUCUGGGCACGUAUCAGUACUUGACCAAGAACGGCUUCAUCACCGAUCAAAAUGGGAAGACGAUCUUCUGGCGAAGCUUCACCGCGAGCGCUUUUUCAGGUGCCGCCGGUGCCUUCUUCGGAAGCCCUUUGUUCCUCAUCAAGACCCAACUGCAAUCGCAGGCUAAUCGCAGCAUUGCGGUUGGACAUCAACACGGACAUGCCGGUACUCUGGCUGCCAUCCAACAGAUCUACUCCAAAAACGGGAUUCGAGGAUUAUGGCGUGGAGUAAACGGGACGAUGUUGAGGGCGGUAGCGGGUUCUUCGGCGCAGCUGACCUCCUUUGCGAUGUCCAAGGAUUACCUCAAGCAGUAUUCGCUAUUUGAAAGCUCGCCGCUCCUGACCUCGCUUACGGCGAGCAUCAUCGGCGGCUUCUUCCAAACCAUCAUGAUCACUCCGUUCGACCUAGUAUCCACCCGCAUCUACAACCAAGGUCUUGAUGCGAACGGCAAAGGUCUACUCUACAAGGGCAUCGCCGAUUGCUUCCUGAAGACGUGGUCCGCCGAAGGUUUCUUCGGAUUCUACAAGGGCGUGACGGCAAACUACAUGCGACUGGCGCCGCACGGUGCCCUCUGUUUAGUGUUUUGGGACUUGUUGAAGGGCGUGCAGGCAAAAUACUUGGACGAUCGGUGACUGAACUUAUUUUCUCCAUCCUAAUUAAAUUAACCAGUUUAGAAACAAAAACCACAAUUAACAGCAGCGACUUCAAAAAAAUGAACAACGAUCCGAACGAAUUGUUUUUUUUUACAGUAAAUAGUGUAUAUAAAGAAGUAGAUUUUAAGACAAACACGAUGAUAUAAAAAAGAAAAUAAAAUUUUGUUAGGUUAUAUAUAAAAAAAAUAA